GUGGCGAUGUACCGAUACCCAUACCCGCCUGCGACGCCGUGGUGGCUGGUUCCCUGUCUCUUCAGUAGAGAGUCUAGACCCCACCCAGUCUUCAUGUACGGCCGACCGCAGGCUGAGAUGGAACAGGAGGCUGGGGAGCUGAACCGGUGGCAGGCGGCUCACCAGGCUGCCCAGGAUAACGAGAACUCAGCGCCCAUCUUGAACAUGUCUUCAUCUUCUGGAAGCUCUGGAGUGCACACCUCUUGGAACCAAGGCCUACCAAGCAUUCAGCACUUUCCUCACAGCACAGAGAUGCUGGGGUCCCCUUUGGUGUCUGUUGAGGCGCCGGGGCAGAAUGUGAAUGAAAGGGGGCCACAGUUCAGUAUGCCACUGCCUGAGCGUGGUAUGAGCUACUGCCCCCAAGCGACUCUCACUCCUUCCCAGAUGAUUUACUGUCAGAGAGUGUCUCCCCCUCAGCAAGAGACAACGAUUUUCAGCGGGCCCCAACUAAUGCCCGUAGCAGAGCCCAAUAUUCCAAGGGUGGCCAGGCCCUUCAGUGGGAAUCUAAGGAUGCCCCCCAAUGGGCUGCCAGUCUCGGCUUCCACUGGAAUCCCAACGAUGUCCCACACUGGGAACCCUCCAAUGCCUUACCCUGGCCUCUCGACAGUACCUUCUGACCAAACAUUGUUGGGCCCGACUGUGCCUUCCACUGAGGCCCAGGCAGUGCUCCCCUCCGUGGCUCAGAUGUUGCCCCCACAAGAUGCCCAUGACCUUGGGAUGCCCCCAGCUGAGUCCCAGUCAUUGCUGGUUUUAGGAUCUCAGGACUCUCUUGUCAGUCAGCCAGACUCUCAAGAAGGCCCAUUUCUACCGGAGCAGCCCAGACCUGCUCCACAGACAGCAGAGAAGAACUCCAGGCCUCAGGAAGGGACUGGUAGAGGGGGCUCCUCAGAGGCAAGACCUUACUGCUGCGACUACGAGAACUGCGGAAAAGCUUAUACCAAACGCUCCCACCUCGUGAGCCACCAGCGCAAGCACACAGGUGAGAGGCCGUAUUCUUGCAACUGGGAAAGUUGUUCAUGGUCUUUCUUCCGUUCUGAUGAGCUUAGACGACAUAUGCGGGUACACACCAGAUAUCGACCAUAUAAAUGUGAUCAGUGCAGCCGGGAGUUCAUGAGGUCUGACCAUCUCAAGCAACACCAGAAGACUCAUCGGCCGGGACCCUCAGACCCACAGGCCAACGACAACAAUGGAGAGCAGGACAGUCCUCCUGCUGCUGGUCCUUAGGUGAAUGAAGAAGGAAGAGGAUUCCAGGCAGAGAGCACUGGACGUGGCAACUGCUCAGAGGAGAGGCAGUCUUCAAGUUCUACAUUCAUUCAGCAAAAUGUUUUUUGAGCCUACAAUACUGAGCGCACCAAGGCUGUGGAGACUCAUGGUGAGGAGCAUGGAGUUAACUAAAGGAUGUGUCAGGGAAGAAAGACUUCUCAAGGAGGUGCCUCCAUCAGACCGAAGGACUCAUGGGGGCUAGCUGCACCUCACAUUUCUUGGACAUAUACCGUUGGACAUGUCUAUCUUCUGGAAACUAUGGCAUGGACAGUAAGGAUUCAGAGGUGCGUGAAAGCACCCUGCCUCUGCAGAGCAGAAAGAUCAUAGACAACACUUAUGAAUGUGCCCAGUGCUGCCAAGGAGAGAAGCCGGUCCUCUGCAGGCUCAAGCCUAUCUGGGCCUCUGGGGAAGCCCCACAGCCUUGGCUGUGCCUGCCCCUGCCCUCUCACCCCUACCCUGACCCUGUCCUGCUUUGCUGCCUUUGUGUGUGUUACUAUGGCCCCAGUAUACCUGGGAUGGACAUCCAGGUGCCCUUCAUCCAAGCUCCUAUGUGAAGGGAGUGGACAUGAUUAAAAGAACAGGGGCAGAAGGGGCUCAUUUAUGACCCAUUCACUAGCCCCAGGGAUUGAAGUCUUGGGUACACAAAGUGUCUUUCUACCAGGGCACCAGAUCCCUUCCAUGGAGCAGGCCAUCUUGGGUUCACUGGGUCAGGGCUGGUCUCUAUUCCCCAGCCCACCUGGCUCACACACAGCCUCGUGGGUAGGGUCAGCAAACCAGAUUGCUUGUUGUCUGCUUGGUGAUCUAGCGUUUUCACCAAGAAGUGGACGUGGAGAAGACCAGAGUGAUCAAGGGUAUAUGAUGUGCACUACAACGGUGGACAAAACAGGCUCCUGCUCUUGUGGAGGUCACAAUCUAGCGGAGGAGGGAUGUUACUAGAAGUGCACAAAUUGGGCCCGGCAUGGUGGCUCAUGCCUGUAAUCCCAGCACUUUUGGAGGUCGAGGCAGGCGGAUCACUUGAGGUUAGAGAUUCGAGACCAACCUGGCCAGCAUGGUGAAACCCCAUCUCUACAAAAAAUACAAAAAUUAGCCUGGCAUAUGGUGGGUACCUGUAAUCCUAGCUACUCGGGAGGCUGAUGGGAGAAUCACUUGAACCCAGGAGCCGGAGGUUGCAGUGAGCUGAGAUCUCACCAUUGCACUCCAGCCUGGGCGACUGAGUGAGACUCUAUCUCAAAACAAACAAUCAAAACAAAAAAGACCUGUGGACUCUAGUAGAUUUUGAAUCCUGCCUCUGCCAUUUCCUGGCUAUAAGGUGUCUUGGGAAAUUUACUUGUCACUCUUGCUUCUGAUAGUAAAGGUGAUGGUGAGAUAGAUUCAAGAUGGAGAGAUAAGGUUAAGUGUUUUCUUUGGCUGCAACAUGGAGAUUAGAUUAGAGCGAGGAUGUAAGGGAGAGGAAGGGACAUAGCAGUAUUUCAGGUGAGAGUCAAGGUGGCUUUGGCCAGGGUGUGAGAGUGGCGGUAGGGAGAAGUAGGAAAGUGAGAGUUAACUGGAUUUGGCAGGUGAGGGCGAGGCCAAGGGUGACUUCCAGGUUCCUGACUUGUGUUAUAAGUAACACAGAAGAAGAAUGGAUCAACUUGAUUCGUUUUGCAUUGAUUGUGAUAUCUCUCAUACCUGCAAAAAAUAUUUUGUAUAUAUCCAAUUUAAUAAUAAAUGCACUCAGGAAGGUCAAAAAAGAAAAAAGAAAAAUAAUACAAAAUAAUAAAAAUACUUAGGAUAACUUGAGGCCAGGAGUUUGAGACCAGCAUGACCUUGUCUCUGUAAAAAAUAAAAUUAAAAGAAAAAGAAGGAAAAGUGAUCUACUAGUACAUUUAAAGCUUUGAACUCCCCAUCCUUCUUUGCAGAGGUAACCACUAUACUGAAUUUUGAUUAAUCUUGCCUUAGCUAUUUAUUGUUUUUACCACAUAAUCUGUCUGUUCUUAAAUAUAGUGAUUGGUUUUUUAUGGUUCUGAACUUACCUUUAUUCUGUUUAGGAUUCAUUGAACUUUUUCAAUCUAAAUGUUUAGUAGUCUUAAUAAAAUUUGGA